AUGGCAACAGUGCUUAACUUUGAGAAUCAUUCAGUCAUAGAUGGAGAUUGGUUCCGAGAGGUCAAUCUAGAUUGGGAUGGGUACAGUAUAUGUCUGCAGGUGGAAGAGGUGUUAUUUCAUGAGAAGUCACAGUACCAGGAUAUUCUAGUCUUUAAAAGCAAGUCAUACGGGAAUGUCUUAGUCCUGAAUGGGAUCAUACAGUGUACAGAGAGGGACGAGUUCACAUACCAGGAGAUGAUCACACAUAUACCCAUGAACUUGCAUCCGAAUCCUCAGCGGGUUUUGGUUGUAGGUGGUGGAGAUGGAGGAGUGGUUCGAGAAAUCUUGAAAUACGACAGUGUUAAAGAGGUUGUUUUGUGUGAAAUUGAUCAGAUGGUGAUAGAUGUUUGUAGAAAACACCUGCCCCGCAUGGCUGGUAGCUUGGAUGAUCCGAGAGUUAACAUUCAGGUUGGAGAUGGAGUUGAGUAUGUUCGAAAUCAUCCUGGAGCUUUUGAUAUUGUCAUAACAGAUGCUCCAGAUCCAGAGGGUGCAGCAGAAGCAUUGUUUCAAAAGAACUUCUAUCAAGACCUCAAGUCAGCACUGAAAAGCCGACGGCAUUGCCAGCUGUCAAGGUGUGUAUGUGCGACAACUUUCACACACAUUCCGUUCAUCCUUGACAUGGCGACCCAGUGCAAGGAGGUCUUUCCUCGAGUGGGAUACGCAACAGGAAACACACCUACAUAUGCUACAGGCAUCCUGGGAUACCUUUUAGCAAGCAGUAUUCCGGAUAUUGAUUUUACUAAGCCAAUAAGGCGGUUAAGUGAUGAAGACCUGAAGAGAAUGGAUCUGAAAUAUUAUAACUCCGAUAUCCACACGGCUUCUUUUGUCUUGCCAAACUACGCCAGAGAUGCCCUGAAACAUGUGAUUGACACCUGA